CGACGGCAUAUAAAUACAAUUUGUAAUCGGUUCCAAGACAUCAAUCAUCAUAUCUUUAAUUUCUUCAACUUAAUUACUUUCAUAUAAUUUUUUUCUCUCCACCAAAUAGCUAUUUAGAUCUCCUAAUUUAGAUCUCCAAUUCCAUGGACGGUGAAAAAGAAGACACGUCACGCUAUCUGAUUGCCGAUGGCAAAACGGCGUCGUAUCUUCCACCAUCAAUGCUGAGAAAACGGCUAAAAUGGGAUGUAUUCUUGAGCUUUCGAGGUGAAGAUACACGACAUUCAUUUACAACACUUCUAAGAAAUGAACUGGGAAAGAAAGGUUUAAGACCAUUUAUGGAUGAUGAAGGUAUGGAGAAAGGUGAUACAAUACAGCCCACCAUAGAGGAAGCUAUUGUGGACUCUGCUUUAGCUGUUGCUAUUAUAUCUCCUAGGUAUGCUGAUUCACGUUGGUGUCUUCAUGAACUCUCUAGACUAUUUGAGUGCAAGAAACGGGUUAUACCCGUUUUCUAUGAUGUUGACCCGUCUGAUGUCCGGAGACAACGAGGGAAGUUUGGUGAUGGGUUUAAGAGUUUGGUGGAGGAUGACUCAAAGGGGUUUAGUCAAGAUGAUGUUAAGAAUUGGAAAUGUGGGUUGAUGAAUGUUGGUAAUAUUUCUGGCUAUACGUUUACAUCUCCUUCCCAAAAAAGUGACAGAGGCAAUAAUGGAGCUAACAAAGAUAACCUUAUAAGACACAUAGUCCAACAAGUAUGGAAUGAGCUAAAGAACACUCCAGAAUAUGUAGUAAAACUUGAAGUUGGUUUAGAUUCUCGAGUAGAUAAAGUAAUCGAAAAAUUAGAUCUUCACUCAGGAGGUGUUCGGUUUCUUGGUAUUCAUGGAACUCCAGGAAUAGGAAAAACAACCUUGGCUAAAGCUGUUUAUAAUAAGCUUGUUGUUAGCUUCACACACCGCUCUUUCAUUGCGAAUGUUCGAGAAAAAUUAGCAAAUGAAGAUGGCCUUUUAAGUAUUCAAACUCAACUGAUCAAAGAUCUUUCCUUAAAUGAUGUAGCAUUAGUUAAACAAGCACAAGAUGGAAUGGACACAAUCAAGAAAAUAGUUAACGAAAAUCGGGUUUUAGUUGUCUUAGAUGAUGUCUACGAGGACAAACAGCUCGAAAAACUUGGCAUUUUUCGAGUAUGUUUUGAAGUAGGAAGUAGAGUGAUUGUUACUAGUAGAAAUAUAGAUGCAUUAAGUUUUGCUUCCGAUGAUACUGAGCUACAUGAAGCACAAACCUUAGAUGAUCAAGAAGCAUUGGAAUUGUUUAGUAUACAUGCCUUAGGAAAAAGGGAACCUACCAAAGAGUUUUGGCACAUUUCAAAGGAAAUUGUGUCUUUAACAGGUGGACUUCCUUUAGCACUAGAAGUGUUUGGUUCGUCUUUGGUUAAGAGAACGUUGAAAGAGUGGGAGGACGAGGUUAUAAAACUAGGAGUUAUUCGACCAGAUACUCUUCAAAUGGUGCUUAAACUUAGUUAUGAUGGGUUAGAUGAACAUGAGAAAACGGUUUUCCUAGACAUUUCAUGUUUAUUGCUUCAAAUGAACAUGAAAAAAGAGGAGGUUGUGGAUGUACUUGUUGGUUGUGACUUAAGGGCAGAAUCAGCUAUUGGUAACCUUGUAAGAAAAUCACUCUUGAAGAUUUUAGAUGGUAACUUAUUGUGGAUGCAUGAUCAAAUUCGGGAUAUGGGUAGGCAAAUUGUUCAAAAGGAAAGUAUUCAUGAUAUUGGCAAGCGUAGCAGAUUGUGGGACUCUAAUGACACUUUGCGUGUCUUACGACAAAAAAAGGUAACGGAAGCUGUGAGGGGGAUCAUAUUAGACAAUAAAAAGCCUCCAGAUGUUUCUGAUGAAUUGAAAUCUUGGAUAAACUUCAGAAAAAAUUCUAAUGUCAACACUUACAUCAGGUUCCUGGUAGAGAAAAUAAAAGGUUGGUGGUUUAGACCAGAUGAGAGUGAUAUUUCUACUCUUCAAACAAAAUGGUUUGAGAAAAUGGUGCAUCUGAAACUGCUUCAAAUGAAUUAUGCAAAAGUUCAAGGAGACUUCAAAUAUAUGCCCUCUGAGCUUAGGUGGUUGCAAUGGAAAGGAUUUCAACAAAAGACUUUCCCGGGUAACAUACCAGAAGAAAUUCGUGUUCUUGAUCUUUCAUCGAGUAACAUAGAACGUUUAUGGAGCUCAUACUGUUCAUGUUUGGAUUUCAACAAGGUAGCGGGGAACUUGGUUGUGAUAAAUCUGUCAUACUGUCCUCGACUAACUGCGCUUCCUGACAUGUCCACGCAUAAAAAUUUAAAGAAGCUUAUGCUCAAGAGGUGUGUAAGUCUAACAAAUUUACACAAGUCUGUCGGAAACAUGACUUCUCUAGUGCAUUUGAACCUACAUGGAUGCACAAACUUGGUUGCUUUGCCCACAGAUGUAACAGGGAUGAAAAGUCUUAAGGAAUUAAACUUAUCUGAUUGCUACAAAUUCAAGGGACUUCCUGAAAAUAUUAAGAGUCUGACAUCCUUGAUUGAUUUAAAUCUCGAUAGCACAAUAAUAACCAAGUUACCUGAAUCUGUUUUCCGCCUUACUCAACUUGAAGUGCUUAGUCUAAAUAGUUGCGGUAAAAUAACAGAGCUGCCGGACUACAUUGGGUGUUUAACUUCUCUGAAAGAACUUUAUCUUUCGAGUACUAAACUCGAAAAUUUGCCGCCUUCUGUUGGAUCAUUGACAAACCUCGAGAAACUAAGUUUAGGGCACUGUUCGUUGCUUACUGCUCUUCCUGAUACAGUCGGAAAUCUCAAGUCCUUGAAUCAACUGUUACUUUAUGGCAGCUCAAUCAGGCAACUUCCAGAUUCAGUUUGCUCGUUAUGUUAUCUUAAAGUGUUAUCUUUAGCAAGAUGUCGUUCUCUUCUCAAGCUUCCUGCUUCAAUCGAGGGAUUAGCUUUUAUACACGAGCUUGAUCUUGAUCAUACACCAAUACAAGAACUACCAGAUGAGAUAUGUUCCUUAAAGUUAAUAAAGAAGAUUCAGAUGACUAAUUGCAAUUCACUUAAAAAGUUGCCAAAAGAAAUGGGGAAAAUGUCAAAUCUUUCUGUCCUCUUUAUUGUAGGAGCUGCAAUAACACAACUGCCAAUGUCCUUUGGCGAGUUAGAAAGUCUGUCAUGGCUGAAAUUAACCAAGUGCACAAAGCUAAGAAGCUUGCCAGAAUCUUUCGGAAAAUUAAGAUCUUUGCGUAUACUUCAGAUGGAAGAAACUGCCAUAACCGCAUUACCUGAAUGUUUCAGAUUUCUUAAUGGCUUAAGGGUAUUGAAAAUGAGGAAAUCUCCAAGUGAUCUGCCUAAGUCUUUCUGGAAGCUAUCGAAUUUGCAAGAAUUUGAUGCGCAAGCAUGUGGAAUAUCUGGUCAGAUACAUGAUAAGUUUUCCGAGCUGUCUAAGCUUGAGAGUUUGGAUUUGGGGUACAACAGUUUCCAUAGUCUUCCUUCCACAAUGGAAGGUAUGUUUGUAUUGAAGAAACUCGUGUUGCGCCAAUGUGAACAGCUGAGAGUUUUGCCUAAACUUCCUUCAACAUUAGAAGAGCUAAAUGCUGGUGAUUGUCAUUCUCUUGAAAGUAUAUGUGACAUCUCUAACCUUGAGAGAUUACAAGAAUUACGACUUGUGAAUUGUAAUAAGAUCAUUGAUGUUCCUGGUCUUCAAUGCUUGAAGUCUUUGAGAAGGCUAUUUUUGGCUGGAUGUAAUGCAAGUUCAUCAGCUGUCAGGAGAAGAGUUACUAAGACUAUUUUGAGAAACUUGAACAAUCUGAGCAUUCCCGGGAGUGAAAUUCCAGAGUGGUUUUCUCAAACAGAAGGAGGAGUAAAAUUCAAGCCUCAUCCAAACCUAUCAAUCCAAAGUGUAAUUGUUGUUGUCAUAAUCUCUGUAGACAUCCAAGCACUAGACAGCAUGCGUGCUCAACUACCUAGUAUUGUAGAUAUUCAGGCUCGUAUUAUAAGAGAGGAAACCUCUAUUUUCAGCUCAGCAUUGAAUUUAACUGGACUGCCAUGUACUCCAGCCAAACAGAUUUACCUAUGUAGAUUCAAAUACUAUCAUCCUUUGAUAUUGUUGUUAAAAGAAGGUGAUAUAAUACAAGUUGGGUUUAAAUCAGGAAGUGUUGAAGGAGUUGAACUCAAAAAAUGGGGAAUUCAUUUAGUGUAUGAAAAUGAUGAUGAUUAUGAGGGCGAUGAAGAUUUGAUACCAUUUAAUGAGAUUCAUCAAUCUGUAUCUCAAAGGCUUGUUUGUUUUCUUCGCUCUAUGGAUCAAAGAUGACAGAUUUUGAAGAUGUACGUGUAUUGACCCUACAGAAAAAAAGCGAUGGUCAAAAGGCGAUGGAAACCAGGUGCUCGCUGUUGGCGACGAACAGGCGACAUUCUAAUUUUAAUUGGAACUUCAUUUUUUUUUUAAUUUUAUGGAUAAAGUUAAUAGCGCAUGAUUUCUGGUUUAAUUGAUUUCUGGUUUAAUCCUAAUAUUGGAUUAAUAAUUCUCUGUGUUGUUAUCAUUCAAUUGUAAUGGUGUUUAUUUAUACAAGAGUUCAAAGAAACUGCUUGAAGUAACUGCUUCUAAUAAGCAACUGCUUCUGGUAACUGCUAUAAUACUUACUUAUGCUAAAUAGCCGUAAUACAUGUAACUGCUAUACAUAAUCUAACAGCGCAUACAAGUUUUUGUAUAGUUUUAUAUGUUGAGCCCAUCUAAAGUAAUGAUUUUGCCAACGGUGAUUCAUAAUCAACGUAAGCCUUGCCUAA